CCCGCCUCCGGGACUUGGGUCAAAGGACAGCCUGGAAGAGGCACUGCUGCUAACUUCUUGUCGCCGGCUCCUGACCCGUCCCAGGACCCGUGAUGCCAAGGCAGCUGCAAGGGGCGACGAACAGUCGGGGUUGAGCCCCGAGUGAGCUGAGGGCUCGCUCUCUUCUAGUCUCCCGGGCCUGCCCCACCUGAAGAAAUGAGUGGUGGAUUGGCCCCAAGUAAAAGCACAGUGUAUGUAUCGAACCUGCCCUUUUCCCUGACCAACAAUGACUUAUACCGGAUAUUUUCCAAGUAUGGCAAAGUUGUAAAGGUUACUAUAAUGAAAGAUAAAGAUACCAGGAAGAGUAAAGGGGUUGCAUUUAUUUUAUUUUUGGAUAAAGACUCUGCACAAAACUGUACCAGGGCAAUAAACAACAAACAGUUAUUCGGUAGAGUGAUAAAAGCAAGCAUUGCUAUUGACAAUGGAAGAGCAGCUGAGUUCAUCCGAAGACGAAACUACUUUGAUAAAUCUAAGUGUUAUGAGUGUGGGGAAAGUGGACACUUAAGUUAUGCCUGUCCUAAAAAUAUGCUUGGAGAACGUGAACCUCCAAAGAAAAAAGAGAAAAAGAAAAAAAGGAAAAUUCCUGAACCAGAAGAAGAAAUUGAAGAAGUAGAAGACAGUGAUGAUGAAGGAGAAGAUCCUGCUCUUGACAGCCUCAGUCAGGCCAUAGCUUUCCAGCAAGCCAAAAUUGAAGAAGAACAAAGAAAAUGGAAACCCAGUUCAGGGGGUCCCUCAACAUCAGAUGAUUCAAGACGCCCAAGGAUAAAGAAAAGCACAUAUUUCAGUGAUGAGGAGGAACUUAGUGAUUAAAAUUAUAUAUAUUAUGUCAAUACCAUUAAAAAAAUUUUUAAAUCUUGGAGUAUCAAGUUCCAUUGGGACUAAAGAUUACUUUUAGAAUUUGAACAUAAGAACACUUAGUACCAAAUAGUUUUUUACUUUAAAAUAGUUCAUAGGAAAUUGAAAAGUAAUUUUAAAGUAUCAUGUUUAUCUUGCAUCAAGAUUUGCUAAUAAUCAUUAAUCUUGAAAACAGUUCAUUUGAAUAAAAAAGAAAACUUAAUACUAUCAUAAUAAUGCUAUUGUCAUCCCGAGAAAAAAGGUAGAUAAGUAAAAAGAUUUGUUUGAGAAAUUCAUUAUAAAAGUUUAUUCAUGAUUGGCUUAUUUGAGGACUUUUGAAAUAAAUUUC